CACCUAGUGGACCACCAAGGAGAAUAAUCUUGGAACCCAUAAAUUCUAAACGUAUAACCAUUUUCUGGUCUCCUCCCAAACGUCCGAAUGGAAUUAUUACGUCAUAUCAGUUGUGUUACUCUACCGAAAGGUUACUAAGCAACUGCAAUAGUAGCGGAAGUGUUUCAUACCGCGAAUCAGAAAAAGAAUCGGUGAGGUUGGAAAAAUUAUUGCCUGCAACUGUGUACUACUUCAGAAUUCGCGCGAAAACCAUCGCUGGGGCCGGUCCUUACACCAAGGAAUAUAGGAUGAUCACUAGCUCAAGUAAGAUCUUACAUUUGGUUCCUUAGUGGUGUCACUUUUUGCCUAGCAGAGUUUGAAACCAUUGAAUGGUCGAUCUGCCCGCAACCAUUCUGCAGCAAUAGUGUGUGAUGAACUUUGUCUGAGCACUCUGCAGUUGGAAUAGUUGACGGCUUUCUUAGUUCGAAUGUAUUGUAACCUUUGACUGAACAUUAUGCAACCUGCACAUUAUCUGAACCCAUCAGGUUGAUGUAUUGACUUCGCUUGUAUCAGAUUCGCAGAUUAUGAGUUAGAAAUAUCCCACCAAGCGGAAUGACGAAAUAAAAAAUUUCCCAACACGUUUUUUUAGAACAACUAUUUUUUACUAUAAAAAUGAUAUUUUCAUAAAUUAGUCUUAAAACCAGCAGGAAAACAACUCAAAAGCGUAAAGGUACCGCGAUUUAAGAUUUUCCUGAAUAGUUCUAACAUUAUUUUAUUAUUUGUCGAUUUUACAACUUUAUCAUAUUUUGCAUGCACUGGCAAACAUUUGCCAUGGUGAAAAUUUGAUGAAAAUCGGACUGAUCUUGAGCGUGCAGUAGCGAUUUUCCGCAAAACGCCAAAAAGGGUGUCUUGUAACCUUAAUUUCCGGGGAACCCACUCAGGUUAUAGACAGAUGGCCCAUCGCGUCUACACCGCUUGUAAAUCGCAAUGACUGUAUCAUGUUUCUGCUUUGAUAAGCUACCAAUCUGCACGAUUAACUCAACAUUCUUAUUGUCAAUAUUGUUUCUAACUUCCCCAACCAGUAUCACUAGGCGCGAUACUGGUUGGGGAAGUAGGCGAGGAUCUCGGUGAGGGUCAAACAACCACACUUUUAAUCCAUGGCAAUAUGGCAUUCUUCAAAACUAUGGCACCAAUUAAAAUGCGAAGUCUUUAACAGCUUCAUUAUCUACAGUAGCUGAACUGAUUUACCUCACAAAGCAGUAGAUAUCAAGUUACGGUAGAGCCACCUAGUCCAUAAUCUAGCUCUGAUCCCUAGCGCCAGUCCCAUAUAUAUACUUGUCAAUUUUGCUUUGUGCCCACUGAGCCCCCGGUCCUUGCACGAUUCUUUUGAAAUUGGUCUUAUUAGUAUUUCAGCAGUGCGAUUGAGUCAUUAUAGGCGAGGGGUUGAUUGCUUCAUUGUGGCAAAAAUUUAUUGUCUCGACUGCACACAAUUCUGUAUAAACAUGAACAACAGGAUACAAAGACUCUGGCUGAGUUUCCAAACCAUAUCUUGAUUGACUAUGUUGGCACGUAGUUUACAGCGUGCACAGACAUACAUGUACCAGUGCACUUUUCCAUAUUUAGAUAAAGCAUAUUCAAAAGACACCAGCUGUGGAACUCAAUGGUAUAUUGUUGUCGUGUCAUUGGUGUCUGGAAUUAUCAUUGGAAUUCUUCUUUCCUACAUUGUCUCGUGUUCUCGUCGUAGAAGAACAAAACGAACUCAGUCAAACCCGGGACUAGUUGAAAAUGCUGCUUAUCAAGAGUUAGACAUCUUACAAGAAUGA